CGUUCCAUGGCUAAUCACACAAACCAGUGAGAAGCUAUCAAUCAAUUCAAAAACCAAAUCCGACAAUGGCGGCCGCUCCUAAUCUUUCCCGCUACAAAUUCUUCUCUACUUGCGUCGUCGUUGAGAACCCUAAAUUCUCUCCAUAUCAUCAUCGUAUCGAUAGUCGUCGGCGGAGAUUGACCAAGCCGCAUCUUCAAGCGCAGAACAAUGGUACCGUGAUCAGCUACGGUCCUCGGACGGAACUCGCCUCCUCGAAGAAGCUAUGGAUAAGGCAACGAAGCUUCAGUGAAAUGGAGGUUGAGGAGGAAGGAGAGAUAGAGGAGGAGGAGGAGGAGGGGAGUCUGCUAUCGUUGAGCAUGAAACCCGAUAGAAACAUGGCGUUGCUGGACGAUUACGAGAUGGAGGAGGAGCUUGGCCACACUCCUCCUCAUACUACUACUACUCAUCGCAGCGGAUACGUGGCGGUGGUAGGGAUGCCGAACGUGGGGAAAAGCACGCUUUCGAAUCAAAUGAUUGGUCAGAAAAUCUCCAUUGUUACUGAUAAACCUCAAACCACGAGGCAUCGUAUUCUCGGUAUCUGCUCUACCCCUCAUUAUCAGAUGAUACUUUAUGAUACGCCUGGUGUGAUCGAGAAGAAGAUGCACAGGCUAGAUACUAUGAUGAUGAAGAAUGUCCGUGAUGCUGCCAUCAAUGCUGAUUGCGUUGUCGUUCUUGUUGAUGCUUGUAAAACCCCUGCUUAUAUAGACGAAGUCUUGAAAGAAGGCUUGGGAGACCUCCAUAAGAGGCCACCCAUUCUCCUUGUUAUGAACAAGAAAGAUCUCAUCAAACCUGGUGAGAUUGCCAAGAAACUCGAGUGGUAUGAAAAAUUCACAGAUGUUGAUGAAGUUAUACCUGUUAGUGCAAAGUACGGACAUGGAGUAGAGGAUGUCAAAGAGUGGAUCUUAUCCAAACUUCCCUUUGGUCCACCUUAUUAUCCCAAGGAUAUUGUGAGUGAGCACCCAGAGAGAUUCUUUGUUGCUGAGAUCGUUAGAGAGAAGAUAUUUAUGCAGUACCGAAAUGAAGUUCCUUAUUCAUGCCAGGUGAACGUGUUGAGCUACAAAACUAGACCAGCUGCAAAAGAUUUUAUACAAGUGGAAGUAGUAGUGGAUAAAAAUUCACAGAAGAUCAUCCUUAUAGGAAAAGAAGGGAAGGCUUUGAAGACGCUAGCAACGGCUGCUCGACUUGACAUUGAAGAUUUCCUUCAGAAAAAAGUCUUCCUUGAGGUGGAAGUAAAAGUGAAAGAGAAUUGGAGACAAGAUGAGGGACUUCUCAAGUACUAUGGAUAUGGAGGACAUAUCAGAGCUAUGUAAGUAAGUAAGUAGUGAUCUGUUGUCUUUAAAUGAGCUUAUUAUGAAGAAGAUUAGAAAGUGCAAAUGGCGGGGCUCAGGUCAGCUUUUUCCCCAUUUUGUUUUGUUUGUAUUUAACCAAUACGGAUCAGCCUCAGGUUAGCUUUUGUUUUCAAUCUCAAUCCAGCUAUCCCUUUGAAAAUCUAAAACUCCUUUUGCUUCU